GCUUCAGAACCAACAACACUGACAAUGACUCGUGUGGAAGAUGGUGGAAAACGCCAGUGAACGAGGCGACGUUUGAGGAGCACAGCGGACUCCUCUGCACCUCCUCCUCCCGGGACUCGGAUUUUGGAUCUUUUUUUUUCAGUGACUGGAGAAAACCCAGUGUGAGGUUGGGCAAAAAUAAAAAACCUGCACCAUUUUGCAAGCUAUUUGCAUGCAGCCGUGAGGGAGUGAGGAGAUCAGAGAAGUGUGGGAGACCAGUCCUCCACGCGCCGGAGUCAGCCGUACGUCAGCCCUGAGUUUGAUUUCAUGCGCUGUGGAGGGAAAAAAAGGGCAAAAACGAGGGUUUGUUUGUUUUGGGUUUUUUUUUCUUCUAACUGUGAGAUGUUUUGAUCAGUGAGGUGGGAGACAGAGCGGCUGGUGGGUGCAGGGAAGGAGGGAGGGAGACAGAGACAGGGAAGGAGGAGACGAGGUGAGGUGAGGAGGGAGAGGGAUCAGUGCGCAGCGGCAGCGCUACGGCGCGUCUGAGACACACGGACCGGAGAAGGAGCAGGAGCAGGAGGUACCCGUGGCUGGAGGAUCCGUUAAGAAACGCACGAGUCCGUUACAAUGACGAUGUCCGUCCCGGAGAGGAAAUCAGGAUCCGAGGGGAAGGAGGAGGAGAGCGAGGAUGAGAGUGAGAUCCUGGAGGAGAGUCCCUGCGGCCGCUGGCAGAAACGCAAGGAGCAGGUCAGCCAAGGAAAUGUCCCCGGUGUGGAAAGCGCGUCUCUGGCCAUGGACACGGAAGAAGGUGUGGAGGUGGUAUGGAACGAAGUUCUCUUCUCCGACAAGAAGGUCUUCAAAGGACAGGAGGAGAAAAUCAAGGAGAUGUUUGAGAACCUGAUGCAGGUGGAACAUCCCAAUAUUGUCAAGUUUCACAAAUACUGGCUGGACAUGAAGGAGAACCAGGCUCGGGUCAUCUUCAUCACAGAGUACAUGUCGUCAGGCAGCCUCAAACAGUUCCUGAAGAAGACCAAGAAGAACCACAAGACCAUGAACGUGAAGGCCUGGAAGAGAUGGUGCACUCAGAUCCUCUCAGCCCUGAAUUACCUCCACUCCUGUGACCCACCGAUAGUCCACGGCAACCUGACGUGUGACACCAUAUUCAUCCAGCACAACGGACUCAUCAAGAUCGGCUCAGUUUGGCACCGGCUGUUUGUUAAUGUGUUCCCAGAUGUCAACAUCCAGGGUAAAGGUCGGCAACACCGGGAUGAGCAGAGGAAUCUUCACUUCUUCGCUCCUGAAUAUGGAGCUGGUGAAGACGAUUACGCCAUAGACAUUUUCUCCUUUGGCAUCUGUGCCCUGGAGAUGGCAGUACUUGAGAUCCAGGCCAACGGUGAUACAGCGGUGUCCAAGGAGGCCAUCAUCCACGCAGGUCAAUCUCUGGAAGACCCUCUGAUGAGAGAGUUUACGCAGUCCUGUUUAGGUCACGACGCCAAACUCCGACCCACGGCUCACGACCUUCUGUUCCACCGAGUCCUGUUUGAGGUCCACUCCCUGAAGCUGCUGGCCGCCCACUGCCUCAUCAACAACCAGUACUUGCUUCCAGAGAACUGUGUGGAGGAGAAAACCAAGUCCUUCGACCCCAGUGCCAUCAUGGCAGAGAUCAGACACGACGACAGACAAGGAGUUCAGCUCAAAUAUUCCCACGUUUCUCCUUUGGAACUGGACAAAUUUCUGGAGGACGUUAAGAAUGGAAUUUACCCGCUUAUGAACUUUGCUUCAUCCCGGCCUCAUCCUGUCCCUCGAGCUCUGUCCUUGUCCCAGGAGCAGGUGGAGACGGUGAAGACGCCGACUCCAGAGCCCCAGGAAACAGAAACUAGAAAGGUCAUUCAGAUGCACUGUAACUUGGAGUCAAAUGAAGAAGGGACCAAAACUCAUCUCUCUUUGUUCCUGAAGAUGGAUGACAAACUUCACAGACAGCUGAGCUGCGACAUCCUUCCAACUGACACCUCCAAAGACCUCGUCAGUGAACUCGUACAUUAUGCCUUCAUUAAUGAGGAGGACAGUGAGAAGGUGGCGGGGUUCCUGGAGGACGCCAUCAGCCGACACCGGGUCCGAGCACUUGCCUCUGGGGGCGCACUCUGAGGAGUAGUCAUGGCAAUGUCUAGACCUGCACCGAGGGUCAAGGGACGUUGACCUCUCUGAUCAAAGAAAAGGAGAGGGCA